AUGAAGAAAGCGAGGGACUUGUUCUUCCUCACCACUUACAGAACACUUCACAAAACCCCAAAUUCAUCCAACUCUAACAUUAAUUCGAUAACCGCAGCUACAUUUCAAGAAACGAUGCAAACUCCCAAUCACGAUUCUUCUCCGCAACGAUAUUCAUACAACCCCACUCUCAACUGGAACCCUCACCUCCACAACUACUUCACCAAAGCCUAUGGCUCUGAUCGCUUCUCUCGCAUCUCCUCCGCUCUAACGCGACCUUCUCGUUACUCGUGCAUUCGCGUGAACACUCUUCGGUCUGACAGUGAUACUGUUAUUGAGAAACUACGGUUGCUCGUGAAGAAAUCUUCGAAUGCUGAUGAUUGUGGAGAUGGUGAUGAUGUGGUGAAUCCUUUGAAGGAGUGUUUGGAUUCUGAUUCUGGUCCAGUUUUCAAGUGUCUGAUACCUGGAUUGGAUUAUGUUGUGUUUGUUUGGGGUUCGGGACCGCAUUGUGUUGAUUAUGGUAAUGUAGCUCCUAAGGAGGUUAUUGUUAGUAGGAAAUGUGCUGAAGCAGUUCUUCGGGGAGCUCAGGUAUAUGUUCCUGGUAUACUGGCUUGCAGUGCUCAUGUGGAGGAAGGAGAUACAAUUGCUGUCUCUGUUUCUGUAGAGCAGAAGGGUUCAGAUGGGAGUUGGAGUGCUGGAAUGACGCGUGGUAUUGUUCUUCAAGGAUCUGAGACAGAUCCAUUUUAUCUUGAACGAAAUGGGCUAUAUAUUGGCCAAGGAACUGCAAUGUUGUCAAGGGCUGGCAUGUUCCGUGUUACUCAAGGACUUGGUGUGGAUAUGAAGGAUAGAGUAUAUGAACUUCAUUCUUUUCAUAAUGUGCUUGAGGGUGAAAUAUUUCUACAAAACCUGCCAAGCAUUAUUGCUGCUCAUGCUUUAGAUCCACAAAUGGGUGAGCGGAUACUAGAUAUGUGUGCUGCUCCAGGAGGGAAAACAACUGCAAUUGCAAUACUUAUGAAGGAUAAAGGAGAGGUCAUUGCAACUGAUAGAUCUCAUAACAAGGUUCUGGAUAUUCAUAAAUUGGCAGCUGAAUUGGGGUUGAGUUGCAUAAAAGCGUUUAAGUUAGAUGCCCUUAAAUCUGUUUCUCGAAGAAAUGAUAAUGAUACUUUUAUUGAUACUAGUCAUAAUAAUGCCACCAAUGAUGUGAAAAAUCAAGUGCCUUCAAAUUUGCAAGUAGAAAGAAUCUCACUUUUUGGUACUGAAAGUUUUAAAACUGAGACUUUGGAAGAAAAUGGUAAAGGUAACAAGGCACAUGAAGGAGCUUAUCCUAGCAAAGCAGAGAUCAGAAAGAGCAUGAGAAAAGCGCGAAAUGGACCUGGUAGAAAUCAGAGUGGGGGUGGCAGAGUUGAUAGUUCAAAAGGUUUUGAUCCUGACAGUUUUGAUAGAGUUCUUCUUGAUGCCCCCUGUUCUGCCCUGGGUUUAAGGCCUCGGUUAUUUGCUGGAGAGGACACAAUUGAAUCUUUAAGAAGCCAUGCAAAAUACCAGAGAAGGAUGUUUGACCAGGCUGUCCAGUUGGUUCGACCUGGUGGGGUAAUAGUCUAUUCCACUUGUACAAUUAAUCCCGGCGAGAAUGAAGCAUUAGUUCGAUAUGCUUUGGAUAAAUACAAAUACCUGUCAUUGGUACCACAGCACCCAAAAAUUGGAGGGCCUGGUCUUGUUGGUAGCUGCGAGUUUCCUGAUGGAUAUGUAGAGGAAUGGUUACGACCUGGUGAGGAAAACCUUGUUCAGAGAUUUGACCCAUCAGCUCCCCUUGAUACAAUUGGAUUCUUCAUUGCUAAGUUUGCUGUUGGGUCUAAAGAUACCUGA